UUCUCUCCUCUCCUCGUCGCCUCGUUCCCAUUUCAUCCCCUCGUUCUCUCAAAACCCUAACGACCCCGAGCCGAGGUGGUGGGGAAUUGGAUUGGAUUGGAUUGGAGAUGGCGGAGAAGGAGGUCGGGCGGAUCUUCGUGGGCGGACUGUCGUGGGACACCACGGAGCGCACGCUCGAGCGCGCCUUCAGCGAGUAUGGCAAGGUCAUCGAGACGCAGGUCGUAUUGGAAAGAGACACAGGCCGCUCCCGUGGAUUUGGGUUUGUUACAUUCUCAGAGCCUCGGGCUGUGGAUGCUGCAAUUCGGGGAAUGCAUAAUGGAGAACUAGAUGGUAGAACCAUUUCUGUGAACAAGGCUCAACCUAGGAUGAACACUGAUGAUGGCUAUGGAUAUGGUGGUGGUACUUACUCAUCUGGUGCUAGAGGUGGAUAUCGUGGUGGAGGUGAUGCAGUUCCCUCUGCGAACGAUGAUUGCUUCAAAUGUGGCCGUGCGGGACAUUGGGCUCGUGAAUGUCCCUAUUCCGGUGGAGCUGGGGGUGGGGGUGGUAGAACUGGAAGGUACUCUCCCCCUGCCAGAUAUGGCAGUGGAACUGGUGGUGGACGUGGUGACCGCUUUGGUGGAUCAGACCGUUUUGCUAACCGAUAUGUUGAUGACCGAUAUGAUAGCGGGCGCUAUGUUGAUGAUCGAUAUGGUGGUGGUGGACGUGAUCGAUAUGCCACCGAUCGCUAUCCACCAACUGCAGAUCGUUUUACAGGUGACAGAUAUGGUACUUCUGAUCGUUAUGCGUCAAGUGGAUUUACCAGGGAAAGAAGCUAUGAAAGAGAUGGAGGACGGUCCGGAGGAAGUUAUUAUCGUGAUGAACCUAGAGGCUCCGGUGGUUAUGACAGAGGUGGCAUGCGCAUGGGGAGCGGUGACAGAUAUGGGACAGGUGGACCUGCUCGCUUUGCUGGGAGCUACAGAGAUAGGCCUGCCCCAUAUGAUCGCCCCAGCCGGGCCGCAGCGCGCACUUACGACGACCGCUACUGAUGGGAUUACGAUUGGAGCAUUGGAGCAGAUCAGAGCUAUAUGACAUGUUCCAGUUCGCAGUUCCUAUUUUAUUUGCUUUGCUAUGUCAACUCCUGAGUGUUGUUCAUCCAUGCAGUUUGUUUAAUUAUCAGUGAGACAAUAAGACAGUGCUUGAGUUAUUAGUAUGUUGGCACAUUAUGCUUCAGGAUGAUGGUAAUUCUGAUUCCAUGCUAUCAUGGUAGUGUGUAAUUACUUUUCCAUUGUCUAAUAAUCAUGUUCUAGUGUGUUCUUAUUACUUACCUGGAGACUAUUGGAGAUUACUGUGGCACAUUUGCGGUUCUUUUAGGCGGUUAAAUGUUGGGUCAGCUGGAGAUCAAGUGACCCAACACCCAAGUGCUCUGUUGGCAUCAACAUGGAUACACAGUAGUCCCUUCCAAAUUUGCCCUUUUUUUAUAAAUAUCGCAGCAACUGAAGAAAUGGUGUUCUAGUCUA